GUGCCCGGUGCAUCACUGUGGGAUCCGUCUCUCUGUCUGUCUGUCUCUGUGUCGGAGCUGCGAUCGAGGCGCGCAGUGACAGGUCACCAUGGUGGAGGCGUUCUGUGCCACAUGGAAGCUCGUGGAGAGCGAGAACUUCGACGAGUACAUGAAGGCGCUGGGAGUAGGUUUUGCCACAAGACAAGUGGGCAAUGUGACUAAACCCACGGUGAUCAUCAGCCAGGAUGGAGACAAGGUGACGGUGAAAACGCUGAGCACCUUCAAGAACACAGAGAUCUCCUUCAAACUGGGAGAGGAGUUCGACGAGACCACAGCGGAUGACAGGAACUGCAAAUCCACUGUGUCCCUGGAAGGAGACAAGCUGGUGCACGUGCAGAAGUGGGACGGCAAAGAGACCAAGUUCGUCCGCGAGAUCAAGGAUGGCAAAAUGAUCAUGAAACUUACUUUUGAAGACGUGCUGGCUGUGCGCACAUAUGAAAAGGCAUAAGUUCUUUCUUUCCAGUGACUCAUCGAAUCAAUCCAGUCCUGUUUAUUGGACUACAGACAAGUGUUUUUUUUUUUUUUCUACUGUAUGUAUAGACUUAUGGGUCACCUGCCAAAAUGUUGAAUCUUUUUUUUUUUUGUAAGUGGACUUUUAUAAAUGACUUAAAUUCUUAAAUACUAAAUCAUUUGUUAAACGUUGGCAAGCGGAUUGAAAUAAAUGACAUACAACACUG